ACCAUUUCUUGAUCUCAAAACCAGCGCGGAAUCAUUUGCCGCCCUUCUCUCUCCAAACCCCUCCACCUCUCCCUCUCGGCCUCGCCGACGCCGACCCCGAACUCUGCUGCCCUCGUCUCCCGGCUAGCGGAUGAGGAAGACGCCCCCGAUGGGGGAGGAGGCGGAGGGAAGCCCGCGGAAAAAAGCUCCCCGCCUGGACGACGCUGCUCGGACUACGGCUCCUGUGGCGUCGGCACCGAGUCCGACGCGGAAGACGCCGCCGGAGGGGGAGGAGACGGAGGGAAACCCGCGGAACAAAUCUCCCCGCCCGGACGACGCUGCUCGGACUACGGUUCCUGUGGCGUCGGCACCGAGUCCGACGCGGAAGACGCCGCCGAAUGGGGAGGAAGCGGAGGGAAGCCCGCGGAAGAAAUCUCCCCGCCUGGACGACGCUGCUCGGACUACGGUUCCUGUGGCGUCGGCACCGAGUCCGACGCGGAAGACGCCGCCGAAUGGGGAGGAGACGGGGGGAAGCCCGCGGAAGAAAUCUCCGCGGCCCGCGGAGGCUCUGCCUGUGGCUAUGGUUCCUGUGGAAGCGGCAGUGGGGGCCAGCGAUGAGAAGCUGUGCAAGUGCAACCACGCCAUCACUGACAGUGAUAUCUGGGAACUGGUUCAUUCGCUAACGACCAAGGAUGCGUGGAUUUGCUGUGCUUGUCGGCGCAAAGACGAGAAGAGGGACCUCUUGAUCUGCGUGGGAUGCUACAGCCAUCUCUGCUGUGGGGUUGGGUCAAUUGCUUACCCGUUUGGGCACUCUCGAUCACACGCCCUGAAGAAGAAGCACUGGUUUGCUGUUCUGUACAGUGAUCCAGAAAGAGGAUACUGCUUCAAGUGUAACGCUGAGGUGCCAAUGCUGCGCAAAUGUGGAGAAGACGGCAACGAGGGUGGUCUUGAACUGAUCCGCGAUAUUGUCAGUCAGUUGCCGGAUCAACCAUCUGUUGAUUUUCCUUCGCCCGGGAACACGCCACCGAAGGGGAAGGAGACGGAGCGGCUGGACGACGCGGCUCGGACUACGGUUCCUGUGGCGUCGGCACCGAGACCAACGGUGCAGACGCCGCCGAAGGGGGAGGAGGCGGGCUUCCGGAACAAAGCUCCGCGGCUGGACGACGCGGCUCUGAUUACCGUUCCUGUGGCGUCGGCACCGACACUGACGGGGAAGACGCCGCCGAAGGGGGAGGAGGCACAGGGAAGCCCGCGGAACAAAGCUUCGCGGCUGGACGACGCGGCUCUGGCUACACCGAGACCGACGGGGACGGCGCCGCCGAAGGGGGAGGAGGCGGAGGGAAGCCCGCGGAACAAAUCUCCGCUGCUGCAGGACAAACGGCCCUCGGAGGCUCUGCCUGUGGCUAAGGUUGAGUCCACCGAUGAGAAGCGGUGCAAGUGCAAUCACGUCAUCGAUGUUCUUGAUAUCCAUGGAUUGGUUGGAUCGCUAACGACCAAGGACGCAUGGAUUUGCUGUGAUUGUCGGAGCGAAGACGAGAAGUUGAUCUUCAAAGCCAGGCCCGAGAAGAGCGACCUCUUGAUCUGCGUGAGAUGCUACCGCCAUCUCUGCUGCGGGGUUGGGUCAAUUGCUUACCCAUUUGGGCACUCUCGAGCACACGCCCUGAAGAAGGAGCACUGGUUUGCUGUUCUGUACAGUGAUCCAGAAAGACGAUACUGCUUCAAGUGUAACGCUGAGGUGCCAAUGCCGGUCAAAUCUGGAGAAGACGGCAACGAGGUUGAUAUUGAAGUGAUCCGCGAUAUUGUCCGUCAGUUGCCGUCUCACCCGUCAUCUGUUGUCAUAAGUCCAGUCAUAAGUCAAACCGAGCCGGAGGUCAUCAAUCCAGGAGAGGAGGAAGUAGCAGAAAGCGCCCCAUCUGGGUUUGUUGUGGCUGUGGAUCCUGCAGAUAGAUGGCCUUGCUAUGAGUCCAAAUCAUCUGAUGCGCAAGGCUAUGCUAUCAAAGGGAUACCAAAUCUCGGAAACACAUGCUACCUGAGUGCAGUAUUGCAGUGCCUGUUUGUGCUUGGUAAGCUGCGAGAAAGGAUGUUAACACUGGAUGGUCCAAAAAGUCUCAUUACCGAGGUACUCGAGGAGCUUUUUUUGGAGGCAAGUGCUGCAGGAGGCGUCCUUAAUCCGAUUAAACUUUUGAAUUGUUUAAAUCUGCGUGAUCCUUCGGGAUUUCAAAUUGGAACUAUGGAAGACAGCCACGACUUGCUUACGGCCUUGCGCGCUAUUUGGAAUGAAAGCGACAAGAAUAAUAACAAGCAAAGUGAUGCACCUACAAUGAUGGAUUCGAUUUUUAGGUUUGAGAUGGCUCGGACACUGUCCUGCAAAAAAUGUGGUCAUUCGUCUGCUGCUGUUCGCUAUCCUUUCGAGGACCUGUUAUUGGGUUUCCCAUCAAAGGGGCAUCCAACCAAAAGUGCUGCAUUACCACAAACAAGUGAGAGUCCCGGAUGGGCCGGAUCUCGAAAGAGAGUGAUUGCUCGUCAAUUAUUUCCAGAAGACGUGCAGGGAAGCGUGGAUUCAGAGGUGUUUGAUGUGGAAACCUUGGAAGUUGAUUUUACUGAAGUGCAGCGUAUCAGUCAAAGCAAGGAUGCUGUACAGAGUCCUUUGCAGAUUCAGGAUGGGAAGCCUGUUGAUUCAGAGACAGCAGAUUCAAUAUUUAUUGAAGACUUGAUAUUGCAGUUUUGUGAUGAUCAUCAGAUGCAAUGGCGCUGUCCAAAUUGUGCCAAGGAUCAUGAGGAGCCAAGUGCCAGUGAAAGUAAAAAUGGUGAGCAGAUGGUGGGAAGCGGCAAAGAAGACACAACAGUUGUUGGGGACCAGAUUGAACAAUCAGACAGGAAAGCAAGGCACAGUAAAGAAUCUGAAUGUCACGGAGGUAAUCUUUCAGCUGCAAAACAGACUGAGCUGUUGGGAACCAACCAAACUGCAGAUGACAGCAAACAACUUAUGAUGCAUCCGGAGAACGUGAAGGAAUCAGAGCAGAAAGAUGAUGGUGGAGAUAAUAUUAUGAUUCAUCGUUUUGCCACGCUUCCACCUGUAUUAACUCUUCAGCUUAAGAGAACCAGCCACCACAUAGUUGGGAGCAAAAUAAGUGACCAUGUGAGAUUUAUGGAGUACCUUGAUGUAGAGCGAUUCAUGGACCCCAGCUGUGCCGACAAAGGUAGCACCCUCUUUCGUCUAGCUGCUGUUGUAGUGCACAUUGGCAUGGGAUCCUUGAAGUCCGGACACUACAUUGCGUACGUUAGAGCAAGAAAGCUUGGAUGUCAGCAAGAGGAGGCCUCAUGGUUUUGUGCAGACGACAGUCAGAUCAGACGAGUCACUAUUGAACAAGUUCUCAACAGUCAGGCCUAUAUUCUUUUCUAUGAGAGGAUGGAAGACCAGGACGUUUCUGGCAUGACACGUCAGAACUGAAGAAUGCAGUGAUAGAACAAGCAGAUGAGUGAGAUAAGCAGACCUUCUCUCUCGACCGCAAGGAUCUAGUCUAGUCAGUGUUCAUAGUAAGACAGGCUCUUGACCAAGCUCAUUUUUGUCGCUGGGCUUGAAACUUACUCUGUAACUUUGUACCAAAUCGGAGGUUCUUUCUGAUCUUGUCAACUCAGCUGAUCUGGUCUUUCCGUUGCUUCGCAUUUGAGGAUGAAACUGUGAAUAGAAUAGUGGUGAGAUCGGUGAUACGGGCUUUGUAAAGUUUCUGUCGGAUGAUAUUGUUACAUGAUAAUGGUUUACACUGCCUCUUCAUGUUUUGAGGUUUCCCUGAAAUCGAAAAGAGCAGGUACGAGAGAAUGUUACAUCUAAA